CGUCUCUCUGUCUCACUCCGCUCUCUCAUUCUUUUGCUACUCGUAACUUUUGACUCUGCUUCCAGUCUGCGCAACCUUCUCAACAUCCAUCGCCAUCACCAGCGAGCGCGACUUGUUUUGCGGCAGCAGUCAACGGCCAUCUCAUUCUCAAACCCUCCACCGCUCCGCUCCCCCUAUCCGGCGGCACCCCCACUCCACCCGCCAAGCCACACUACCUCAUCGGCACGACACUCAUCCAUUUCUUCCUCCGGUCUUCCGUCGCCCAAGCACUUUCUCUUCAGUCACACUUCUCACGCUCUACGCAGCGUGACUUAAAGUCGAGAUGAAGUUUGGACGUCGUAUCAAGGACUCGCGUUACGCCGAGUGGGCGGACCAGUACAUCAACUACUCGGCGCUCAAGAAGCAGAUCAAGAACAGUCUGCCAUGGACAACCGAGGCUGAGGCCGAGUUUGUAGCUUCUCUCACGCGCGAGCUUGAGAAGUGUGAGAACUUCCAGCGCCAAAAGGCGCAGGAGAUUAAUCUUCGCAUCGAUAAGCUCGAGAAGGAGGUUCACGCCCUCGUCGCUAAGGCCAAUGCCGAUGACAGCAGCGACGACGUGUCGUCCAACGAGCAGCCAACAGAACGCGAGGUCGAGGCGCAGGUCGACAACUAUGCAGACGAGGACGGAGGCUCAGAUGAUGACGACGACGACCGUGGGGACGACGAUGACGACCAGCUCAGCCUCGAUGAGAUUGAGGAGCGCUUUAAGGAGCUCGAGGAGGAGGUCGCUGUACUUGUCGCCGAUGUGCAUGACCUUGCACUCUUUACGAAGCUCAACUUCACUGGUUUCGUCAAGAUUGUCAAGAAGCACGACAAGCUCACGGGCUUCCAGCUGAAGCCGUCGUUCAACAAGGAGGUCUUGGAGAAGCACCCCUUCUACAAGAUGAACUACGACGUUGUUAUCGUCAAGCUCUCCAAGCUGUUCGACCUCGUGCGCACCCGUGGCCACCCCGUCGAGGGCGACUCGUCGGCUGGUGGAAGCCAGAACGCAUUCGUGCGCAGCACUACCAAGUACUGGGUGCACGAGGAGAACAUUGUGCCGCUAAAACUCAACGUCCUCAAGCACCUCCCCGUUCUCGUCUUCGACCCGAACAAGGAGUUCAACGUCAAGGACUCGGCCAUCACAUCUAUCUACUACGACAACGAGGACCUUGAGCUGUACCUCGGCCGUCUCGAGAAGACCGAGGGCGCGGAAGCUAUCCGCAUGCGCUGGUACGGUGACGUGGAUGGCAAGGUCGUUUUCGUCGAGCGCAAGACGCACCGCGAAGAUUGGACCGGCGAGAAGUCUGUCAAGGAGCGCUUCACCAUCAAGGAGGACAAGCUCAACGACUUCUGCGCGGGUCGGUACACGAUGGACGAGGAGUUUGAUGCCCUUGUCGCCAAGGGCAAGAAGACGGAGAAGGAGGUUGAGAACAUGAAGCAGCUAGCCGACGAAAUCCAGUACGCUAUCGUCACGCGCAAGCUUCGGCCCGUCAUGCGCUCGUUCUACAACCGCACGGCGUUCCAGCUGCCCGGCAACGCGUCUGUGCGCAUCUCGCUGGACACGGAGCUCACGCUUGUGCGCGAGGACAACUUCGACGGCGUCGAUCGCACGAACGGCAACUGGCGCCGCACGGACAUGGGCAUCGACUUCCCGUUCCCCACCAUCAAGAAGGAGGACAAGGAAAUCUUCCCCUACGCCAUCCUCGAGGUCAAGCUGGCGACGCGUGUGGGCGAGGAACCGCCGCAGUGGAUCCGUGACCUCGUCAACUCGCACCUCGUCGAGGCCGUCCCCAAGUUCUCAAAGUUCAUCCACGGCUGCGCGACGCUGCUCCCCGAGCGUGUCGACCUCGUUCCCUUCUGGCUGCCGCAGAUGGACCAGGACAUCCGGAAGCAGCCGAGCGCGCGUUCGCGCGUGCUCAUCGAGCGCCCCGUGUCGCAGACGCACAGCGCUGAGAGCAGCUCGCAGCCGCACUCGCCGCACAUGGAUGGCUCAACCACGUACCAGGAGCCGGUAUCCGAGGGCGAAGACGACGAGUACCUCGUCGAGGCGUCGGCGAGCAACGAGGACGCACAUCUGCGCUUGCCAGCCGAGGCCGCCGAGGAGGCGCGUGCGGCGCGCGAGCACCGUGAGCGCAACCUGCGCUCUGGGCCCGACUCGAGCGGCUUCCAGCGCCCCGCGCCCAAGAAGUACCAGCGCGGGCUGGGCGUGGACCCGCUGCAGCCGUCGAACCGGUUCGACUCGAACGUAUCGGCGCUCGACGCCAAGCUGCAGGACGCGGCGAAGCGGGGGCGGCGCGCGUCCGAGGAGGAGGACGCGGACGCCGACGACGCUGACGAAGAGCGCGAGGAAGCGGACUCCGUCGUGUACACGACCGAGUUCCAGGCGCCGGCGGGCAAGCGCAUCGCCAUCCCCGUGCGUAUCGAGCCCAAGGUCAUCUUCGCGACCGAGCGCACGUUCCUCAAGUGGCUCCACUUUGCCGUCCUCCUCUCGGCCGUGUCUAUCGCCCUCAUCAACUUCGUGCCCGCGGACGACACGGUCGGCUUCGUCGCCGCCGCCUGCUUCACCUUCACCGCGCUGCUUGCCACCGCAUACUCGGGUGUCAUGUAUGCGUGGCGCGUCCUGCGCAUCCGAGCGCGCCGCGCCGUCGACUACCACGACAAGUACGGCCCCACCGCCCUCUGCGUCUCCCUCAUCGGCAGCGUGCUUGUUAACCUUAUUCUGCGCGUGCGCGAGCUGUAAUACAUUUUAGUGUCGUAAUGUGAUGUCUUGCACAGCUG